AUCGACACUCUCAUCAGUAAGCGACAAAGAUGGCGGCCUGUGGGCUACUCCGUUCUCUGUCUCCCAACUUUACCAUUGUAUUGCCUUUCCUUGCCCGAUCGACAUUGCUUUCUCCUUUGCACCGAGUACCUAAACCUUAUUUUGGGAGAACGCUAGCCUCUUCACGUCGAUUAUCAGCAGCACUUAAAUUCACAGACAAGCACGAAUGGAUUCGAGUAGAAGAUGACGGAAUAGGGACCGUCGGUAUCAGCAAGUUUGCACAAGAGGCUCUGGGAGAUGUCGUUUACUGUGGACUACCAGAGGUGGGGACACAACUGACCCAGCAAGAUGAGUUUGGAGCUCUGGAAAGUGUCAAGGCAGCCAGUGAGCUUUAUUCCCCUUUGACUGGAGAAGUUUUAGAGGUCAAUACACAACUGGCAGACAACCCUGGUUUGGUCAACAAAUCUUGCUAUAAAGAUGGUUGGCUGAUGAAGAUGACCAUUGCUAAGCCUGCAGAGCUUGACACUCUCAUGGAUGAAGCAGCAUAUGAGAGAUACAUCCGAUCAAUUGAGGACUAACCUAGCAUAUUUUAAGUGCCAUCCCUCUCCUUUUCAAACACCACUGGCAGGGAGGCACACUACAUGUGCCUGUCAGUAAUGACACAAUGUCUAGCAUCCAGCUGUGGAGAUUUACAGCUCCAGAUUGCUGACCUGCCAGUGUUGUAGAGCUUUCACUUUUAGAAAUCCUGUACCUACUGUUAAAAGGCUGACUUUAGGGGACUUGUCAGUCUGUGCUGACUAAACAAUCGGUGUUGAGUUGUUGCAACCUUGAAUUUCCAAGCAGAAGAGAUGGAAACUCAGUAGAAUAUCUUCCAGUUGUUUCUUCAGAGGUUGAAAGUGGGCAGAAAUUGUUGUAGUUGUUCAACUUAAAGCACUUUGGUCUUUAUGGUAUUAUUAAUUAUGUUGGUCUACACUGCAUGUAUGAUACUUCUACUGUGGUGUUGAGAUCUGUAUAAUAUAAAAUAAACAUUUCCUUACA